UCAGUAUGACUCACAAAAGUUCGAGAGUGGAUUCUUUGGAUUUUCAAAACUAACUCAAUUUUAGUAGCAUAACUCAAGUUCAAGUUCAAUUCGAAUAAUACUUUAGAACUAUAUUUAAAUAUAUACAUUCUCUAUAUAAACUAACAGAUAUCAGUUUUUUACUAUAAUAUGUAAGUUUGUGCAAAAAAUUACUGGUCUUUGUCGUCUGAGAGUUAAAUGUAAUUUAAAAUUGAAGAAACAUGCGGAGUGCUCGGCGGAAUUUUUAGGAUCAUUAGAAGAUCAUAAACUUUGGUUAAGCUGUUUUUUAGAAAAUUAGAAACAUGAAUUCCAAUUUGCCUUUGCUGUUUGCAAAUGGAUUCCCAACAUCAAUUGAAAAUGCAACAGUAAGUCAAUUACAGAGGUUUAUACCUUUCUUGGUGAAAUGUUCUGUUGGGCGUGAUUCUCCAUCCUUCACAAUGCCCAGGUGGUGGCCAGAAGCAUUUCCAAUGAUUACACCAGAUUUUGAACCUGUUUGGGAAGAAAAUGAUUGGUUGAAAUUUCUCAGAGAUUUAGUUAUUUCCUGCUACAAGUUUCACGAUAGUGAAUAUUUAUUGCAUUUUUGCAAUAACUUAACAAGUCAUCCCAGGUCAACUUUACGUUACAUUAAUAACUUUAAUGGCACAACCUCUUUGUAUGUAAAGGGUGAAGGAAGAUUACUAUGCACGUUUAGGAAUGAAAAUAUUACGUAUGAUAAGAAAGAAGAGGAUUCAAGAAAAUGUUUGAAACCUCGAAUAAUUAAUGCCAUAAAAAUUUUGGAUGAUGACAAUGAUGAUGAAAUGGUAACAACAGAAGCCAUUGAUAUAUUCAUUUGUGAGAAUUGCAAUACAGAAUUAGAUUGCUUGAGUGACUUACAUACCCAUGAACUUGUUUGCGAAAACAAAGAUAUUGAAGUUAAUGUGUAUAACAGUGUAACAGAUAGAAGUAAUCCAAACUUAUUAAACUAUCUUAAACUACACUCGAUAAAUGAUGCUGAAAAACCUAACAUUCAAGUUUCUUCAAGUCCUGUAAAGCAACCUUUAAUUUUAACUCAUCGCACACGCAAUCGGGCAGAAAUGAAACAACUUCGAGAUAUUCCAUUCUCAUCUCCUGCUGGAAAAGUUCUUCACCAAAAAUUAAAACUUGGAAUAGAUAAAGCAACAUUGAAUGAAAAAUUAACUAAAGUAGAAAAAAGUUGUCCAGCGCCUAACAUUAAUGAAGAAGUUCCUAAGUAUUUAACAAAUACUAAGAAUAAAACUUUCAAAGUUUCAUACAGAGAAAAGCUUAAAAUGCAUUCAAGGUAUUACACAUUUCCUUUCGGUCCCUUUUGGACAAAACGGUCUAAUAAUUUCGUAGACACUCCAGUGUUAGUUGAUAGAAAAGAUGAUCAAGCUGAUGAUUACUCAGCUUAUAAAAUACAUGAUAACUCAGCUUAUAAAACAGAUGAUAACUCGGCUUUUAAAAUACAUGAUAACUACGCUUAUAAAAUGGAUGAGAACUCAGCUUAUAAAAUAGAUGAUAACUCAGCUUAUAAAACAGAUGAUAACUCAGCUUUUAAAAUACAUGAUAACUUCGCUUAUAAAAUGGAUGAUGACUCAGCUUAUAAAAUAGAAGAUAAUUCAUAUGAUAAUUCAAAUGAAGUAAAACCGUUAGUAAAAGUAGAUUGCGUCAUAAAUUUAUGUUCUUCAGAUGAGGAAGAUAAUUUAGCAGAAAUUGAAAUGGAACAGGAAGAUCCUAUUUCUUUAGAGCCUACACCAUUACUUCCUUUAAACAAUUCUAAUGAUGAUUAUGCCAAAAUCAUUCCUUUAUCUCUUGUAUGCAAAAAUGAUGAUGUAGAAAGUUUUUUACCUGUGACAAACAUGUUCAAGGCCCCAUUGGGUGUUUGCGACUUUAUUGAUUUGUGCUCUUCUGAUGAAGAAACUAUACUGCCCGACUUACCAAAUCAUCCACAUCUUAGUAUUGUUAGAAUUCCUGCAAAACUAACAUUAUAGUUUUUAAAAUUAAUUAGUAACAGUAUAUGACAUUCUUUUAUGCUAUGCAGCAUUACAAAGUUUAGAUUGUACUGUUGUAAUUAAAUGUAUAUAUUUAAUGUGAUACUUCUGUAAGUGUAUAUAUAUAUUGUUAUGUUAUGGAAUUUUAUAUAUACAUUUGUUCAUGUCCCACAAUAAUACUUACCAUUAAAAUUCCAAACAAAUGU